GGAGCGGAGUCCCGGGGCACCCCCCGUGGGCGGGCAGCCGUUUUCCCCGGUCAUCGGUGGUCCUGUAGCGGGGAGGGGUGAAGCGGGUUUGGGUUGUUGUGUCCCUUGCAGGGAGGACACUGUAGUCUGAGGCUGCUCCCGGCAGAGCUCUGCAAGGCGGGGCACGACGCCGCCCCGCCCCCGGCGCAGCGUGACCUUCGCCGGCCGCCGUAGCCGUGAGGCGCUGGGACAUGGCGGCGGCGGCGGCUCGUGGGGCCGUGGCGGGGUUCCUGGGGCGCUGGGCUUGCUGGGCCGCCCGCUGCCCCGGCGCGGGGCGGGCUCUUUCCGGCCUCUCCGCCCGGCACGUUAGGGAGGUGCGGGCAUCGGCUCCGGCCCCGCUGUGGAGAUCGCGGCUGCUCUGGGGGAACCAGCCCGGGGCAGGCAGCUCCUCGGUCCUCAGCAGUGUCACAUCUCUGCUUCCAAGCCUGCUUCAGCAACCAGCGAGAACACUCACUUACUACAGCUUACGGAAUGGAAAGAGGAAAACGGUGAAAGCUGUCAUUGAUAGGUUUCUCAGGCUGCACAAUGGCCUUUGGGUUAGGAGAAAGGCUGGUUAUAAGAAGAAGCUGUGGAAGAAGUCAGCUGCCCAGAGGAAGCGUUUGAGAGAGCUGGUGUUGUGCACUAGAACGCAAUGUAAACUCCUUGACAAAAUGACCACUUCUUUCUGGAAAAGAAGAAAUUGGUAUGUUGAUGAUCCCUACCAGAAGUACCACGAUCGCAUGAAUCUUCGCGUGUAGAAAUCUGAGUUUCAUUUUGGCAUCUCUUCAGACAAGAGGUGGUGGUACGGUUUUAAUUUUAGGACAUAAAUCUGUAAUACCUGUUACUUUUCUAAAUAAACAUAUGCAUACCAUCUGAUCAGAAUUAUGGGUAUCAAUGCUACAAAUAAAGGAAUAUUCAAGAUUA